AUGAGUCUGUGGACCAACGGCUCCUCCGUGGAUCUGUUCCCCGGGACAAAGACCCCUCCGCCGGACUCCAACUCCUCCAACCGCACCGUCGGGCCCCCCGGAGCCGCCCCGCUGGACCUGAGCCGGGCUGUGCCGGUGGGCAUGGUGCUGGCAUCCUUCAUCAUGUUCGCCAUCGUCGGGAACAUCCUCGUCAUCCUGUCCGUGGUCUGCAACCGACACCUGCGGAUCCCCACCAACUACUUCAUCAUCAACCUGGCCAUCGCCGACCUGCUGCUGGGCACCACCGUGCUGCCUGUGUCCGCCACCCUGGAGGUUUUGGAUUAUUGGGUGUUUGGUCGGAUCUUCUGCGAUAUCUGGGCGGCGGUGGACGUCCUGUGCUGCACGGCGUCCAUCAUGUCCCUCUGCGUCAUUUCCAUUGACCGCUACAUCGGCGUUCGCUACCCACUGCAGUACCCGACUAUCGUCACAGAGCGGCGGGCGCUGCUCGCCAUGCUGGGCGUCUGGAUCCUCGCCAUCAUCAUCUCCAUUGGCCCGCUCCUCGGCUGGAAGCAGCCGCCGUCACAGGACGACACCGUGUGCCUCAUCACCGAGGAGCCGUUCUACGCCCUCUUCUCGUCCCUCGGCUCCUUCUACAUCCCGCUCGCCGUCAUCCUCGCCAUGUACUGCCGCGUCUACAUCGUUGCCAAGCGCACCACCAAGAACCUGGAGGCCGGCAUGAUGAAGGAGCGUGCGGAGGACUCCAGCGAGCUCACGCUGAGGAUCCACUGCCGGAACCAGCAGAUCCAGGAGCUGUGCCCCGCCUCCAAGGCCAGCGGGGGCGGGGCCUCGACCGGACGCAGCUCACUCACCGUCAAACUGCUCAAGUUCUCCCGAGAAAAGAAAGCAGCCAAGACGCUGGGUGUGGUGGUGGGCAUGUUCAUCCUGUGCUGGCUGCCCUUCUUCCUUGCUCUGCCUAUCGGCUCGUUCAACAGCAGCCUGCGUCCUCCUGAAACCUUCUUCAAAGUCAUCUUCUGGUUGGGAUACUUCAACAGCUGCUUGAACCCGAUCAUCUACCCGUGCUACAGCCGCGAGUUUAAACAGGCCUUCAUCCGAAUCCUGCGCUGCCGCUGGAAGAGGAAGCGUCAGGGUUGGCAGGCGUACUACAACUACCGCGGCCAUCAGGGUUCCAACAACUCGUCCUUCAUGAACGGCAGCCAACAGACGUUGUCCUCCGUCAGCCCAAGUCCGCUCUGCGUCAACUCCAGGCUCCACCCACUGCCGUGGCCGUCUUCCUCCUCCUCAGACAGAGACCUCCUCCCUGGAUCGGUGGCGGAGCGAGGACGGCUGAACCCGCGGCCUACAUUCGCUAAAAAAGCCGGGACGGGGCGGAGCGUGGGAACGGGACAAGGGACGUCAAUGAGCGGGGACGCUGCUGUCUGA